AUGAUCUCGCAGAGUAGUGUGUUUUGGCAGCGUCUUGAGAUCUUUGCUGCUAAAGAAAACCUUCGACCUUUGAUGGAUGCGUAUCGGGACCUUUGCCACUAUUUUGAAAACGGGGCCCCGUUGAAUAAAUUGUUUGAAUACUAUCAACUGAUUUCACGCAUCACUUUAGAAUUCAAAGAGUUCAAGGAGAAUGAGACUCGAAGGAUGCUCAGUGCUCACAUCAAGCGUCUUUCUCAAUUAGGAAAACAUACCGAAGGUCAAUCAAGGAAAUUAGAUGGGAGAAUUGCAAAGGAUAAAGUAGAAAAUGUGCUCAGAGAUAAAUCUAACUUGUUUCUGAAUUACGCGGAGGAACUUUGUGAAGAUACCCAGGCUGGGAAUAUUGGAGCCUUUCAGCCAAAUCAUCGAGCAACAAAUUAUCAGCUAUAUCAAAUAGCAUCACUUCUCUGUGGAAUCUUUUCACCCCUUCACGAGAUGAAACCCCAUGAGGUGGAUUACAUGAGUCUGAUAAAUGCACAGUUCAACCUUCGAAUUAAUAAAACCAAUUUACCAGCUAUCAUCAAACAUAAGAUGAACUCCUUUUCAACUGUCCUACAACAUCAGGCAACUCUAUAUGCUAUGGAACUAUCGAUGGAUGAAAAUGACCCAGAUAAGCAAAUGUGGGACAUUUGGGGCAAAGGAUUCAUAGAGGCAUUUAAAAUCCGGAAGGAAAAGUUCAACCCAGACCUUAAACCGCUCCCGCUCAAGGAUAACAUGUUGAUCUGGCAUACUGUAAAAAGCUUGAUUGACAGGGAAUUCGGGGGUAUGGACGAAGCUAACGCUGAAAUCUUGUUGAAGCAUCUGGAUCGCGUUCACCGAGCUGUUCAGAGUCGUUAUGUCUUUAUUGAAAUCUACGAGACCAUAAAGAAGAUCAAUAAUCUUGAUGAAAGAGAAAAGUUCAUGCAAUCCUUUGGGCAUCAGAUGGAACUUUUAAAUCCUAACAAUGGGAAACCUCAUAAACUGAUGAAACAAUGGGAGUUCAAUGAUUUGGAAAAAGUGUACGACUCGAUGCAUCGCCACUUGUGCGAUGAAUCUUUAGGCUUGUGGGAAAAGAAGGUUUUUAUCCUCAUUUCAAACCUAUCAGUUGAUUUACAGAUGGUGUUAAAUGACAUUUUUCAAAAAGCUGCUGAAGAAUUUAUUAUUCCAAAGUUAUUAGUAACUAAUAUGGAGACUGAAGCCAAGGAUUCUGUUUUAGACAAGGUCAAGUAAUAAAAUGAUAUCCCAAUAGUUUAUCAUUAAAUGAUGCCAUGGCAAACCAACACAGUA